AUGGCAACCGGUGACGAAAACGCCACCAGGACCACGCGCGUCCACGGCCCUGACCUGGAGCGCAACGCCGACGGCGGCGGUUCCGCCUCCGGCCCAAAGGCACCGCCACCACCGUCCCGGCUGGAGGAGGCCAGGGCCAAACUGAGCACUCCGCUCACCGCCGGUGCAGACCCCACCACCGUCGAGGCGGACCUCGAGGCACACCGCCAGUUCCUCCUAAAACAGGCGGAGGAAGUGGCAGCUGCCAAGCACCAGCUGGAAAUCACUAGGCGCGAGUUCGACCGCGCUCAUGGCUUCACGCCAGCCGGCAAUGACCCCAGCCGAGCCGGGCAGAUCCGCCGCAGGGGAGGCGGCCUGGGCGCCGAGAUCAACCGCGACGGCGCGGAUUCGCCGGCUCCUUCCAUGGAGCUGCCGGCCUACAACACCCCCGACAAGAACAUGCGCGCAGCCGAAGCUGCCGCAGAAGAGCUGAGCCGCCUGGAGGGCGAAGAGCUGCGCCGCCAGACGAGGCGGGUGACGGAGUUGCUCCACAUCGCCUCCGAGCAGCAGAAAAACCCAAGGUAUGCCGGCAGCGUUCAUGUUGUAGCCGGCCGCCACGGAGGCGGCCCCAGGGACGCGGCGGAGUCAUCCUCACCCGCGCCAAGCCGGCGCAGGGACUCCGCCGCCACUCACGACAGCCCAAGCUGGCAGAGCCGACUGAGAAGCGGCGGAUCCGGCCACAGCCGCCCACCACCAAGCAGAAGCCAGGAGUACAACUCCGAGCAACCGGCGCCAAGGCGGCCACAUCAGCCGGCUCCCGAAGCCAGUGGCGGUGGCCAGCCGGCCCACUCCCGGCUGGGCCCGCGCGUCGAGCCGGUUGACGCCAGAAACCGCCUCGACCGGCUCACGGAAUCCCGCAUCGCGGAGGAAGAAGGGCCAGCCGGCCCGAAAUGUUUCGGCCCGCGCAUCCUGGGCGAGCCCAUGGUCGACGGCUUUCAACUCCCCCGCGACACGCCCAACGGCGAACCGCUGCCGCCUCCGCCUCCGCCUCCGCCAGCCGGUGGGCCAGGUGGCCAAGCCGGUGCCAAGGACGGCAACCCCGAGCAACACGAGGCCAACAUGGUCCAGCAGGGUCGGUACCUCGCUGAGGAUGCCACCUACAUCAUCUUCACCUCCGAGCCCGAGGACAAAACGAGCCAGCAGCGCCGUUCCCUCGAGCCGAUUGGCCGGAUUACGCUGGAGGUCAUGUUCGGCAAGCCGGACCACUUCUGCACCGAUGAGGUCGAGUUCGAGGUGGUGGAACUAGCCAGCCCCUACCACGCGCUCCUGGGCCGGCCGGCUUUGACCAAGUUCAUGGCGGUGCCCCACUAA